UAUUUAAGAGAGUCCAAGCCACAAACAAGCAGCAACAACAGCAGGCAAACUCGUUAGACAUGCCCAUAUCCACAAUAUUCUCUAUAUUAUUACUGAUAUUAUCAUCCUCUAUUACUUGUAAUGCAACAAUUGCUGAUGAUGAGAAAGACUGCGCUGACCAGCUGCAGAAUCUUGCAGCAUGCAUCCCUUACGUGAGCGGCGCAGCGAAGAAGCCUACACCUGAAUGCUGCGCCGAUGCUGAGAAGGUCCGAAGCAGCAAGCCAAAGUGUCUGUGUGUGUUGAUAGUGGAGAGCGCUGAUCCUUCACUUGCGCUCCCCAUCAAUACAACAUUGGCAUUGCGGAUGCCUGCUGCUUGCGAUAGUGACGCUAAGGUCUCUGACUGCCCGGAUAUCUUGAAGCUUUCUCAUGACUCACAAGAUGCAAAGAUUUUCAAGGAUCCGAGUGGUGACUCCUCAAGGGCGAUAGCACCAGCUUCCUCUUAUACUGCUGCUGCUUCUUCUAAUUCAACUCCAGCCUCUGCUGAUGCUAAAAUUGCUUCGAAGAACAAUGCCGGGAGAUUACAGAGUGUCUUUCUAUUAACGGUAUCAAUUGCAUCAACGUCAUGUAACCUUCUGUUCUACUGAUGCACGAGACAGCAGUUAGAAAGCCUUGGUGUUUUGUAAUAAAUUUGGAAGCCUUGAAUUGUAAUAAACGCCUGUUUUCUUCUUCUUCUGUCAAGUAAUAGAAAAAUAAUGCACAACAGGGUCAAGGGAAA